UGCGCUGACGCGCCUGGUCGGCAGGAAGCGGCUGGUAGCGGCGGGGGUCCUGGGGGUCGUUAUGGUUCUGGUUCUGGUCAUCCUCAUCCCAGUUCUGGUCAACUCAGCGGGGACGGCGGCGCACUACGAGAUGCUCGGUACCUGCAGGAUGGUGUGCGACCCUUAUGGCACUAAAUCUCCCACCAGCACCGCCACGGCGGACACAGUCCGAGACAACAGCCUCGUCCAGUCUUUACCCACUUUUAUCCAAGGUCCGAAGGGGGAACCGGGUCGCCCGGGUAAGGCGGGUCCAAGGGGACCUCCUGGUGAGCCAGGACAGCCCGGUCCGGCGGGGCCGCCUGGGGAGAAAGGUGAACAGGGCAGACCUGGUUUACCAGGACCGCCGGGACCCAGCGCAGCUGCCGGUGCAAUUAGUGCGGCCACCUACAGCACCGUUCCCAAGAUCGCUUUUUACGCAGGGCUGAAAAAGCAACACGAGGGCUAUGAGGUGCUCAAGUUCGAUGACGUGGUGACCAACCUGGGAAACCACUACGAUCCGACCACCGGGAAGUUCACGUGCUCCAUCCCCGGGAUUUAUUUCUUCACUUACCACGUCCUGAUGCGCGGAGGGGACGGCACUAGCAUGUGGGCUGAUCUGUGCAAGAACAACCAGGUACGUGCCAGUGCCAUAGCACAGGAUGCAGACCAGAACUAUGACUAUGCCAGUAACAGCGCUGUGCUGCAUCUGGAGCCUGGAGACGAGGUCUACAUUAAACUAGAUGGAGGCAAAGCUCAUGGAGGCAACAACAACAAGUACAGCACCUUCUCUGGAUUCAUCAUCUACGCUGACUAGACAAUACACUCUUGCCCUCAGUUAUCCAGCCCUACAUAUUUUCCCUUUACAAAUAAGAUGCUCAGACUUACUCUUUGAAACGUGUGGCGAAUCCAAUAUAAAUCAGCCUCUGUAACCUGCAUAUUAUUUUACUUUCUAACAAUUUAAGUGCAUUAUGAUAAACUGGUGGCAGAUUAUAAUCCCAUUAUAAACAUAAUUACCACUUUUAUCAAUAGAACCAUUAAUAAAAUAAUUAUUUUUAUCAAUGUGUCCUCAAAUAACAGCUACAUGUUGAGAGUAUUUGACCCUUUACAUUACCUACACUGAUUUUAAUAUUAAUUAUUAUUUAAUAAUGUGGUGAUUCUUUAUCAUUGGUUUUAGCACCACUUCCACUAAAGUGUCAUUCAAAUGCUUUGAUACACAUUUCCGUGUUACGUGUCUGCCUCUGGUCUCAUAUAUCUCCCUUCUCGUCCUCACCUACUGCCAAUCACAAUCAGUCUCAGACUGACCACCAAUAGUGACCAAUAAAAAACAAAACAAUUACAACUUAA